GGCUCCCUGCGCUCUCUUUGCCGCAGGGCAUCCUCGCCCCUCUCCUGCUGUUCCUGGCCGAGCUGGGCUGCGGCGCCCAGCCCACGUACCAGUGGAAGGACGCGGUGACGCGGGAGAAGCUGACCUGCCAGCAGUGACCGCCGGGCACCUUCGUGGCACAGCACCGCAGCAGGGACAACCGCGUCUGCCAGUGCCAGCAGGGCUACUACUCCGAGAUGGAAUUCUGCGUCAGGCAUUCCGAGUGCCCGCUGGGCUAUGGAGUGAAGCAGCCGGGUACCCCCUUCAGGAACACCCAGUGCCAGCCCUGCCCCCAGGGCACCUUCUCCUCCUCCCCGUCCAGCACGGAGCCGUGCCAGCCGCACCAGGACUGCCAGCAGCAGGGGAAGGUGACCAACGUGCAGGGCAACCAGUACCACGACACCUUCUGCACCUCCUGCCGGCUGCAGGGCAGGAACAGCACCCAGGGAGCAGCUCUAGGAGACGACGAGUGUACCCAAGCCCUGAUAGACUUUGUGGUGUACCAGAACAUCCCCGUGCGGAAGCUGAAGCGCCUGCAGCAGAUCCUGGAGGGCUCCCCGAGGAAGCAGGCACGGGGCACCAGGGCAGCCAUCCAGGAGAAGGUCAGGACUUUGCUCACCCACCGCAAAGAGGAGCAGUACAAGGUCACCAAGGAGCUGCUGAGCGCUCUGCGAGCCGUCAAGCUGCACUCCCUGGAGGAGAAGGUCCGUGAGCACUUCCUCCUGCAAUGA